AUGACCGAGGUGGAAAGUACACAGGCCGUACCCCAGGAUACGUACCGGGCACCGCGUGACGAGGGUGAAUACGAUCGUCUAAGGUUACAACAUGAUAUGGUCAAGGAUGUGAUGGGGGGCAAGCUCCUACUGUCGCCCGUCGACCUCUCGGCCCCGAACUUGCAAGUCCUCGACUCCGGAACUGCAAAGGCUCACUGGGUUAUCGACCUUGCUCGCAGCCUGUCGUCAGAGUCCCGGGUCGUCGGGACCGACAUCGCCCCUCAGCACUUCCCUCCCGAAUCCCAGCGUCCGGGAAAUGUAACUCUGACAACCCAUUCGAUAUUUGAAAACUGGCCGUUGGAUUAUAUUAAUGCAUUCGAUGUUGUUCACCAACGUUUUGUCCUCGCGGCCUGUCCUGAUGAGCAGGUCGCCGCUGAGUCAGUGGCAAGACUGUAUGCCUGUGUGAAGCCAGGCGGCUGGAUCGAGCUUCAUGAAGGCAACAUGCUCAUUAUCCGAGAGGGCCCAGAACAUGCCGCCUUCAUGCGAUUUCGCGACAUGAUGGUUAAGUCCUGGGCCUUGAUAAAGCAGCAACCUGCUCCCGGGUUGCAAAUUGGAAAAUGGCUCCGUGAAGCUGGCGCAACGGACAUCCAAGAAACGACUCAGGUAAUCAAGGUCGGGGCUGAAGCAGAAAGUAAGGCCGAGGGAGAAAGGGCUAUGGGCGUUCUGUUUCAGAUGCUCGACGGCAUGAAAGCGAUGCUUGGAGGCCACUUUACUAAAGCAGAGUUCGACGAGCUACGAAGAGAUCUCGAAGUGGAGCUCAGCACUGUGGGAAACUUUUGGCAGUAUCACCUCGCCUAUGGUAGAAAGCCACUCUGA